AUGCUACAGAUCAUUUUCACCACCACCAGCUCCUCCUCCCCCACCUUCCACUGCUAUUCAUAUCCAUUGAUAUCCAUUUGCAAUCCACGCCGGAGCUCCGUACCCGAUACGCCAGCCAUGCGCGGCUGCAGUUACGUCUCUGGCCUCGAGACUCCUUAUUCCGCUCCCAACAAGUUGCAACAAGCUGCAAACUGGCAAACUGGUUCAUUGGCUGGCAUCAACCCUGCUCCCCUGGUCCCGUCUGUCACACCACCUGUCAUGCCAGCACCCAUUUGCACGGGGGCACGGUAA